UUCAAUCAAGUACUGGGUUAGAAGGGGGAGAUACACUGGACUGAGAAAUCUUUAACAUUCAUACGAUGAUAAAGAUAAAUAAUGCAAGUGACUUUAAGAUUUACUAACCUUUCUGGAUCAUUUUAAUGUGUGUAACAUACAUAGCAAAUAUACUGAGAAAAGAAUACAGUAAUAAUGGUAAGUUUUCUACUAGAUGUACUUAAACGAACGAUAUUCAUUUGUUACUCACUUAGGCUUCAUUUUUGGUCGUCUUUCCCACGGACAAUUUCUGAAUUCUGCCUGGGAACUUGAUUAAGCGAGCGAAACAGUCACUUGGUGAAUUGUUUCCAACAAUUUUCUAUAUGAUUUUUUUCUCUUUUUUUUCGGUGGGGGGGGGGGUGACCUUCACUGAUUUUUAUCAAAUGAAGACAACUUCUUACUAAAAAUUGUAAAACAUAUUUAGUAGUGAUGGCCAAAUGAAGCUUCACUAGUCAUUAAACCAUUUGCGACAUUUUUGAUCUCAUUAGAUUUGAUCCCACUGGUUUAAAGAAUAAAGCACAAACUAUUGCUUUGAGCCUUUUUUGAACAUUGAACACCAUCUAGUGGGAUAAAAAAUAUACUACAAAUGGUUUGUGGCACUUCAUUUGGCCACUACAUUUUAGGUAACAAUGCCCAAUGGUGAAACCGCUCUGCUGACUACAGGAUUUAAACUGGUGAUCUUCUGAUCACAUGCACAUGAUCCUAACUUGCUGGGGGGGGUCACUGAAGGGAGCAAAAACAUGUACUGUCUAGGGGGCCCAAGGACUGGAUUGACAAAUAUUACUCUAAGUCACCUACAUGUAUCCUGUGACUGUAAAUCUUAUGCAUGUUGCUUUGUACAAACUUUGCACCUUUCUUCCACUGGAUGGUAUAUUAGGUUAGCCUGAAAAACCAGAAAAAAGGUCUGGUAGGAUCCUGCCUGCCCUCUGUCUCUGUGUAGUUUGCGUGUUCUGCUUGUGUCACAUUGGAUUUGUUGUGGUACUUUGGUUUCCCCUGCAUACCACUGAUAUGUUGUUUGGUUAAUUUGCAUAUCAAUAUUUCUAUAUUGACUGUGUAUCUGUGAGUGUGUAUGCUCUGUGAUAGACUGGCAGGUUGUACUCUGCUUUAUGACCUGACAUGGCAGGGAUAAGAAUAAAUGGCUGACCGAGACUGGAUUGCUCUUGUGUUACAUGGAAUAUGGUAGCCCUGAUUUCUGUAAACUAUACAAGACUGACUCUGACAGAUUUUUUGGGUAAUAUGGUAUUCUAAACUUCUGCUGGCCUUCACUCAUAGCACAAUCAUGUGACAGACUGAGUAAUAAGGCCUUCAUCAGAUGGAACACAAUAUACCACACUUCUGCCAGCUGUGCUGCAGAUGACUUUGUUUGACAGAGUCAAACUGCCCUGCCCCUGUGUUAGGUUGAAUGUGGUACUUCACAUAUCUCCUGGCUCUGCUGGGGAGUGUGCGGUUACAUCAGGAUACAGAGGAGAGGAGACAACGGAAGAUGUAUAGCCUGCUGCAGAUAUACGGUCCUUCCUAGCAAAUCCCUACCCCUCAUUCACAUCUUGAGCUACCGAAUCUUGUUUUUAUUGAUAUCAUCAACUUGCAAGCCUGACCAGGCUGAAGAAAAAGAGGCUGAGCUGGCGAUGGAGGAUAGAGAUGCUCUGCUGGAUAUGGAUUUUAUGGGUGAGCAGCCGAGCACCGACUGCUACGGGAGCCUGCAGAACGGCGGCUUUAUUCCCCACCGCUAUCUAGCUGCUACUCACGAAGAUGAAUAUGAGGAGCCUCUUUACAUCCAGUGUGACAAGAAUGAUAGUUUACCCCCCCAUCCCCAUGGAAACUACUUCAGAGAUGGGAGAACAAAAAUAGACUUUGUGCUAGUGUGGGAAGUGCGGUCCCAGAGAAAGAGACGGUCCCGGGCCAAGGGGUGCGGCAAGAGUGUGGGCGAUACUGAAGCUGGAGCUGAGGAGGGGGGCAGGUCAGAGCGACACAAGGCCCAGCUGGACCAAUGGAGGGACAAAUUCAUCCGUAAUUUGCAGAAUGCCAGACUUUUUCUGGAAAAGGAGGAGACUGUGAUUGAGAAGAAAACCAUCCACUAUCUGAAGCUGAGUGCCCCCCGGGAUGUAUUAGUGUACUAUGCUGAAGAGCUUUGCCUUAGAGCACCCCUUCAGGCCCAGCCAAAUCCAGACCACAACACAUCAGAUCAGAUGAUUAAAAAAUUAUGUCUUCCAAACAUCAUGGCGGAGUACGUUCCUAACAAGCCAGUGAACUACUACACCUGUGCGUUUCGCAAAUCCAAGAUGGACAAGUUCCUGGGUUCUGAGAAUCACGGCACCUACUUUACUAACACACAGCGGCAGCGUAUUGUGUAUGAGAUUCUAUCGCGCACAGCCUAUGGCAAGCGAAAGUGGGCGGAAGUGGGCGUGGCACGGCUGCUGAAUGAGGGGGCUCUCACUGCAGCAUUCCCACUUCAUGAGGGUCCAUUUGACAGACCAGAACAUGAGUUUCUGCCUGAAGAGUUGAACCAGCGGCAAGUUUUGUUCCACUACUGGGCCCACUGGUCCAAAUGGUACAAAUACCAGCCACUGGACCACAUUCGAGAAUACUUUGGAGAAAAAAUUGCCAUUUACUUUGCAUGGCUGGGUUUCUACACAGCCUGGCUUCUUCCAGCAGCAGUAGUUGGGACGCUUGUGUUCCUGUCAGGAAUCAUAUCGAUGGGGACCAAUACCCCAGCGGAGGAGAUCUGCAGCAGCGGGGGGCAUUAUCUCAUGUGUGCCCUCUGUGACACCUGCCACACCUGGAACUUGUCAGACACUUGUCUCAUGGCAAAGAUGGGCUACCUUUUUGACCACCCAGGCACAGUCUUCUUCAGUGUUUUCAUGUCCUUCUGGGCUGUCACCUUCCUGGAAUACUGGAAGCGCAAGAAUGCUACCCUAGCAUACCACUGGGACUGCAGGGAUUUCCACGAGGAAGAGGAGCGUCCUAGGGCAGAGUUUGCAGCUAUGGCACCUGCAAUGGAGAACAACCCCGUGACUGGUGUAAAGGAGCCCUACUUCCCAAAGAGAGCACGACUCUCCCGCAUGUUGACGGGCUCCAUGGUCAUCGUGGUGAUGCUGUCUGUAGUUAUGAUUUUCCUGGUGACUGUCAUCAUGUACCGCAUCAUAGUCAGUGGAAUGAUAAACCAUAAAGAAACUGCUGUUCUGCGAACUCAGGCGGGUAACAUUGCCAACAUCUCCAGCAGCAUGGUGAACCUGGCACUGAUCCUGCUGAUGGGGCAGGUUUACACUGCCAUGGCCGAGCAGCUAACUAAGUGGGAAAUGCACAGAACCCAGACGGACUAUGAGGAUGCAUUCACCUUCAAAGUAUUCAUCUUCCAAUUUGUGAAUUUCUACUCUUCCCCAUUCUAUGUGGCAUUCUUUAAGGGAAGAUUCGUGGGAUAUCCUGGUCACUAUGGAACCUUGUUUGGGAUGAGAAAUGAGGAUUGUGGACCUGGUGGUUGCCUGAUUGAACUGGCCCAGCAGCUCUUUAUCAUAAUGGUGGGGAAACAAGUCAUCAGCAAUAUCCAGGAAUUCCUCAUCCCGAAGAUAAAGGCAUGGCGACAACGGCAACAGCUAUCUGGGACCAGGGGCACACAGGUACCCCGGGAACGCCAUCGCUGGGAGAAGGACUACACACUCAUAGAGUGCGAGGGUCUCUUUGAUGAAUACCUGGAGAUGGUCCUCCAGUUUGGCUUCAUCACCAUCUUUGUGGCAGCCUUCCCACUGGCUCCGCUAUUCGCUUUGCUUAACAACUGGGUAGAGAUCCGUCUGGAUGCCCACAAGUUUGUAUGCGAGUACCGGCGUCCUGUGGCUGAGCGUGCCCAGAAUAUAGGAGUCUGGUUUAAUAUACUGGAAGCCCUUUCCCACCUGGCUGUCAUUAUCAAUGCUUUCUUGAUUGCCUUCACCUCUGACUUCCUCCCCCGGCUUCUGUACAAAUACAAGUUUGACAACAAUCUGAUGGGUUAUGUCAACUUCACCCUCGCCUAUUCACCUCUAAACAAUAGUUCCUCUAAUCACAUCUCUUCAGACAACCUCUUCAAUGCCACCAUAUGCAGAUAUAAAGCCUUUCGAGACAACAAUGGCAGUUACACAUUCUUCUACUGGGAACUUCUUGCCAUUAGACUUGGUUUUAUUAUUGCUUUUGAGCACGUGGUAUUCUUCAUCUUGCGUGCCAUUGAUUGGAUGGUCCCAGAUGUGCCAGAAUCGCUGGAACUGCAAGUGAAGCGGGAGCGUUACCUGGCCAAGCAGGCGCUGGCAGACAAUCAAGAGGCCCUGCUGGUCGACAUUUUGGGCCUUAACUGUGGGACGGAUGUACAUGACUGUACAUGGCAGGUUCUGAAGAAAAUACUUUCCAACAACCUAGCAAGACAGCUCAACUGGGGGGGGGUGUCAAUGGAAAAAAAUCGUUGGGCUUCCUUCAGCUGACAGAGAUUGUGAUUGGUAAGUAUCUUUGUGUGGGUAUACAGGAUUUCUGUCUCAGAUGAUAUGUUUAGAUGAUGCUUAUGACUUCAUAAUGACCUUAAAGUAUUUAUUAAUUUCUACCGGAGUUGCAGUUUGGAGCAUCCCACUGACAGGAAGUGCUGCUGAAACAAAAAUGAAGGCAACAAUGAAGCAGUAGUUGUUAAAAGGAAGCAGUAACAUUUAGUGUGUGUUUGGCAGGGGGGGGGCAGAGAGAGAGCACUAACAUUUAGAGCAAGCAUGGCAACAAACUUCUUUUUUAACACUAGAAGAUGUUUUUAGUCGUCAGAAAAGGGGCAUGUUGUUCAAAAUCGUUUAUCUGGCUGUUGAAUGUGACCUUAUAGCUAAAUUUCAUGGGGAAUGGAAAGGAAGGUUUAUGAGGAGAUUCAUCUCAGCAUCUAGAAUACAGCUCUAUUAAUUUGUGGUAUGAAAAGGUUUUGUUUUCUGUUGGUUUAUUUCCAGUCUUUGGGAUUUAGUGCAAUCAGUCUUGUUUCUGAAAUGCAAAACAGCUUUUUGUACAGUUUUUUUCUGUUUAGUUUCAAAUUUAUUCUGGUGUUUGUGGUCACAUAACACAUCUCCCCGCUUGCCUUGCUGCCACAAUGCAUGUAAAUAGUUCACGUCCAUGUUUAAUUUAUUUGUUAAUGUGAUUGUUUUGAAAUUGUUUUGAAAUGUUUUGUCACACCUGCUCACCACAGUAUUGUGCCCCAUCUCUCCCCCCACGCCCCCAUGCAAUUUCUGUUACCUCCUCAUCACAUUAGUAGCUGGAGCCUGCCUGGCUGGGAGUAUCAUCACCAAGUGUCACAGCUCUGCACCACACGGUAUAGCCCUCCCUGCACGUCGGCUGUGCAUUUCCUAUUCUACAGGCCACCACAUAGGAAGUGGUGAAAGGACAAAGUCAUGAAAAUAAGAUCCUAGCCAGCCCAAGAACCACCUCUUCACAGGGAGGUGCCACCAUAGCCUGAAGGCCAAGACUGAGAAACUAAAAAACAGAGCUUCUAUCCUCCGGGUCUCUUCUUAUACUAUUCAGUAACACUUUACAUUG